AUGGACUCAUUCGGAAUUGAAUGCAGCAAAUCAUGCCCUGAGGGAUACCAUGGUGUAAAUGGUGAGGAAAAAUGUCUUUGUAAUACAACACAAUACAUUGUUGGAUGUAAUACAACAACAGGGGCUUGUUCCAAUGUAACAAAUAAAAUCCUUUGCAUUGGGGGCACUGGUCAUGAUUGUUUAAUACCCUGUCCUAAGGGAUAUUAUGGCGAAGGAUGUAGAGAAAAGUGUUUGUGUGAAGACUGUGAUAGAACUGGUGCCUGUGCUGAUAAAAAGACAACAGGUCUAUCACUUGUUUCAUUGGCUGUUUUAGCGGUGGGUGGGAUACUAUUUGUGGCAACAUGUGCUGUUUGUGUCAUGAUGAAAAGGAGAUUGUUCCUAAACGUCAAUCGUAACUAUGUGCAAGAAAGUUUUUGUCCAAAUGAUGCAACUUCUCAAAGUUACGCAAAAGUAGACGAAAAUGUGUAUAACGAAUGUGAAGGACAUUCCCUCGGUAACACUGCAUCAACUAAAAGCAGUCGUGAAAGACAUUACAAUACAUAUGAUGUACCCCAAGAAGAUGUCCAAAAGACAGCAAAACCAUCAAUCCUAGCUCUUCUGAGGAGAAAAGAUAAUUCUGAUACAAGGAUAACGAAAAGUGAAUACAUUCAUGUUGUUGAAACACAGGGCCCUUUUGCAGAACCAGCCUCUGGAAGUGCUCAACCGCCAUCCGUACCACCACAAACGUCAUCACAAGAAGUGACUUUAUCUAACUCCAAAAAGUUGUCAUGUUCAAACAUACAACAAAGGAUAACUUUUUUUGAAAAUCAGCACAAAAAAGAUUGAUUUACAUCUUGUUCCUGUCUUCAGGAAGUAGUUCCUACAUUUUACAAUAUUUUAUAUUUGCCUGAUCUAGAGAAUAUAAAAAAAAUCAAUAAGGUCGAAUGUCAUGUCAAGAUCAUUG